GCCUGGCCCUGCGUGGGCCGCUUGCAGGAUCAGGCAUGCUGGCCAGCAGAUCAGGGCUGGCUGGGCCCUCCCUCCUUCCCCCACUUGGGUUCCCAAGGCAGGGUGUGUCCACACCUCAGCCCUUGGCACCCAGGAGACUCCCCCGGCACAGACUUGGGGGUGCAGCCUCUCCGGGCCAAGGCAUGUCGCUGCCUGACUGUGGGGCCUCCCCUACCCCGCCAUGCACCCCACCCAUCCCAGUCCUGUUAACUGGUGGCCACCUGCCUGGUGGAACCUCUUCUUUGAGCACUGUCCUCUGGACCCUUUCCUAGACUGGCAGCUGGUCCUCCACUCCACCUGUGCACAGGCAGGAGUGGGAGGCAGCCUCCAUUGGGGUCCUGGGUUUGUUGCCUGGCUCAGAGUGUCUGGCCGACAGCUACAGCCCGAGGAACCAGAUGCAGAGACUGAAGACGAUCGCUCUGUGACCGAAGGGCCUGUGGAUGAGAUCAUUCGGCCACGGCCACAGGGGUCUUCACCUGUUUACGAAUGUCCAAGUGAAGGCACUGACUUUGGACUCCAGGAAGACACCCCGAGCAGGCAAGUCUCCUCGGGGAGACGGAGAUCCUGGUGGAAGCGGGAUUCAGGGGACUCACGGACAUUUUUCAGGAUGAGUCGUCCAGAGUCCCUGCAAGAAGCCACAGAAGUGACCCUGAAGACAGAGGUAGAGGCAGGAGCCAGCGGCUACAGCGUCACGGGCGGUGGGGACACCGGAAUCUUUGUCAAGCAAGUGCUAAAGGAUUCCUCAGCUGCCAAACUCUUCAGCUUGAAAGAAGGUGAUCAGCUCCUCAGUGCCACCAUAUUCUUUGACAACAUUAAAUAUGAAGAUGCUCUCAAAAUCCUUCAGUACUCAGAGCCGUACAAGGUCCAGUUCAAAGUCAAACGGACACUGCCUGCCCGGCAGGGUGAGGAGUGGGCCCUCAGCGGCACCUCAGCGGCCCUUACCUGCCAGGAGAAACAGAACGAGCUUGUCACUGAUGAGUGCAGAGAGACUCCCACGAAGACACUGGAAGGUGAUGGGGACCAAGAGAGACUCAUCUCCAAGCCCAGGGUAGGGAGAGGCAGGCAACCCCAGAGGGAGAGGUUCUCCUGGCCCAAAUUCCAAGCAAUAAAGGCCAAGCGGGUGUCAGGGCCCCGGAGGUCACGCAGCUCUUCAGAGGCCCACGAACAUGAGGACGUGUCCAAUGUGUCCCCCACAAGCACAGACACAGAGGCCCAGCUUGCAGCUGAGCGCCUGGAGCAGGAGGCAGGGCCAGGCACCCAGCGCAGAAGGCGGUUCCUGAGCUUGAGGUUCAGGACAGGCACGGGGCAGAGCCCCACUGAAGCAGAGGCUCAGAGCUGGCGGGAAACUGCUGGGGUUGUGCAAGGUUCAGGGCCCAGGGAGGACAGCCUGGAUGACACUGGGGCAGCAUCCCAUGGGUGGACAGAGGAGGCGGGACCAGCAGGAGAGGCUGGGACUGUGCUGAAGCCCACAGAGCUGGAAACGGGAGCCCUCCGGGGACAGACAGGCCCUCCGGCCAGAUGCCAGGGGAGGACUAAGGAGGAGACAGCCGAGGGAGAGGCUCUGACACAGAGAAAACCCAGAAUAGGGCAGGAGAGAGAAGGCACAGCAGGGCAGAGCCUGGAAAUGGGGAUUGCCCUGCCAGCCACCACUAAUGGAGAAAGCACACAUAUCUGUCCGCCAGAAACCUGGGUCCGAAUACAACAUCUCAAGACACCCAAAUUUGCAUUUUCGAAAGAAAGAGUUCUAGAGAAAGAAAGAGGCAUUAUUACCUCCCAGCUGGGGAAAGGAUGGGGUAUGGCCUCUGCAGAGGGGUCUGGCCCUGAGGAUGAAAAGGUAGGAGAGGCAAAGAGGCUGGGGACCACAGGGUCCACCCAGCAAUUUCCUGGGCACCUGGAGGAGGGAAAACACAGGGGUGCAGACGUGGAGACAAAAGGCAGGAUGCAGGAAGGAGAAGCAGAUGAGGAAGGAGUACAAAAGGCCAGAGUGCAGAAGUUCAAAAUGCCAACCUUUGGAUGGUCACCUGACAAAGAGACAAAGGCAGAAAGGGAAAAAGACACAGGGGAGGACUUGCACGGAGGGACAGGGGUAACGAGAGUGGACACUAUAAAAAUAACAUCAAGGCCCAAAGAGGAAGAAGAGGAGGAUGCAAAUUCCUACGAAGUAGAAAACACAACAGUAAAAACAACAGAAAAAAGGCAACAAACAAGAAGAAUACAAACAUACACAGCUUUGAGUGACAAGGACAUUAGUGCCAAAGACAGUAAGUUCAAGAUGCCCAAGUACAAGGUGCCGUCCAUUGGGGUGUCUGUCACUGGAAAAACCGCUGAAGCCUUGGUGGACAUGUCUGCACCCAAGGUCGAGGUCGACAUGUCCCUGCUCAAGACCACUGACCUCACCGUUCAGCUCCCAUCUGCUGAUCUUCAAGUCCAGGCUGGCCAGGUGGGCAUGCAGCUUCCAGAGAGCCAGUUGUCUGAGGGAGAACUGCCAGAAGUGGCUGUGGGAGCCGAAUUGAAAGGCUACCUGCCCAGCUUCGAGAUGCCAAAGGUGGACAGCAAGGGCCCCAAAAUGGACCUGAAAGGCCCCAAGUGGCAGGUGACCACCCCUGACGUGGACGUGUCUCUGCACAGUGUGGAGAUGGAUGUUGAGGCUCUGGGAAUGAAGCAGGAGAGGGACCUCUCCCUGGUCGACAAGGACAUGGCUACCAAACACAGUAAGUUCAAGAUGCCCAAGUUUAAAAUGCCAUCCUUCGGGGUGUUGGUCACUGGAAAGUCCAUCGAGGCCUCAGCGGAGGCCAAGGUCGAGGCCAACGUGUCUCUGCCCUCUAUCAAGGAUGAGCUCAAGACCGCUGACCUCACCAGUCAGCUCCCAUCCACCAACCUUGAGGUCCAGGCUGGCCAGGUGGGUGUGAAAUUUCCGGAGGGCCAGUUGCCUGAGGAAGAACUGCCAGGGGUGACUGCUGGAGCUGGCCUGAAAGGCCAGCUGCCCAAGGUGCAGAUGCCCAGCUUCAAGAUGCCAAAGGUGGACAUUAAGGGCACCAAAGUGGAUAUGAAAGGCCCCGAGGGAGAGGUGACUGCACCAGAUGUGGAUGUGUCUCUGCCCAGUGUGGAGGUGGAUGUUGAAGCUUUGGGAGCCAAGCUGGAGGGGGACCUCUCCCUGGUCGACAAAAAUAUAGCUAGCAAAGAUAGUAAGUUCAAGAUGCCCAAGUUCAAGAUGCCAUCCUUUGGGGUGUCAGCCCCUCGCAAGUCCAUUGGGGCCUCAGUGGAAUUGUCCGAGCCAAAGGUUGAGGCUGACAUGUCCUUGCCCUCUGUCCAUGGCGACCUCCAGACCACUGACCUUACUGUUCAACUCCCAUCCGUCGACCUGGAGGUUCAGGCUGCCCAGGUGGACAUGAAGCUUGCAAAGGGCCAGAUGCCUGAGGGAAAACUGCCAGGAGUGGCUGCCAGUGCCAGCCCCAAAGGCCAGCUGCCCAAGGUUCAAAUGCCCAGCAAUGAGUUGCCCAAGGUGGACAUCAAGGGCCCCAAAGUGGACCUGAAAGGCCCCAAGGGUGAGUGUAUCCCCCAUGAUGUGGACAUGGCUCUGCCCAGCGUGGAGGUGGAUGUACAGGCACCAGUAGUUGGGCUACAGGGCCUGCAGCAAGAGGUAGACCUGUCCAUAAGUGACAGGGACAUGGAAACUAAAGACAGUAAGUUCAAGAUGCCCAAAUUCAAGAUGCCAUCCUUUGGGGUGUCAGCGUCCGGCAAGUCCAUCAAAGGUUUGGUGGACGAGUCUGCAACCAGGGUCGAGGCCAGCAUGUCCCUGCCCUCUGUCCAGGGUGACCUCAAGACUACUGACCACACCAUUCAGCUCUCAUCCACCGACCUGAAGGUUCAGGCGAGCCAGGUGGGCGUGAAGCUUCCGGAGGGUCAGAUACCUGAGGGAGAGCUGCCGAGAGUGGCUGCUGGAACAAGCCUGAAAGGCCAGCUGCCCAAGGUUCAUAUGCCCAAGGUGGACGUCAAGGGCCCCAAAGUGGACCUUAAAGGCCCCAAGGGGAAGGUGACCACCCCUGAUGUGAAUGUGUCUCUGCCCAGUGUGGAGGUGGAUGUUCAGUCUCCAGUAGCAAAGCUGGAGGGAGACCUGUUGCAGGUCGAGAAGGACGUGGCCACCAAAGAUAGUAAGUUCAAGAUGCCCAAGUUCAAGAUGCCAUCCUUCGGGAUGUCUAUCACUGGAAUAACCACCCAGGCCUCAGUGGAUGUGCCCGCACCCAAGGUUGAGGCCGACGUGUGCUUGCCCUCUGUCAAGGGCGAUGUCAAGACCACUGACCUCACUGUUCAGCUCCCAUCUGCAGACCUUCAGGUCCAGACUGGGCAGGUGGAUGUGCAGCUUCAUGAGGUUCCGAUGACCGAAGGAGAGCUGCCAAGAGUGGCUGCUGGAGCCAGCCUGAAAGGCCAGCUGCCCAAGGUUCAGAUGCCCAGCUUUAAGAUACCCAAGGUGGACAUCAAGGGCCCCAAAGUGGACCUGAAAGGCCCCAAGCGGGAGGUGAUGACCCCUGAUGUGGACGUAUCUCUGCCCAGUGUGGAGGUGGAUGUACAGGCACCAGUAGCCAGGCUAGAGGGCCUGAAGCUGGAGGGAGACAUGUAUCUGGGUGACGAGGAUGUGACCACCAAAGAUAGUAAGUUCAAGAUGCCCAAAUUUAAGAUGCCAUCCUUUGGGAUGUCAGUCCCUGACAAGUCCAUCAAGGCCUCGGUGGAUGUGUCCAUACCCAAGAUAAAGGCCGAUGUGUCCAUGCCCACAUUCCAGGGUGACCUCAAGACCACUGACCUCACCGUUCAGCUCCCAUCCACUGAUGGGAAGGUCCAGGCUGGCCAGGCGGACGUGAAGCUUCCAGAGGGUCAGAUACCCGAGGGAGAGCUGCUGGGAGUGGCUUCUGGAGCAAGCGUGAAAGGCCAGCUGCCCAAGGUGAGGAUGCCCAGCUUCAAAAUGCCCAAGGUGGACGUCAAGGGCCCCAAAGUGGACCUGAAAGGCCCCAAGGGGGAAGUGACCACCCCUGAUGUGUCUCUGCCCAGUGUGGAGGUGGACAUUCAGGCUCCAGUAGUGAAGCUAGAAGGGGACCUGUCUCUGGUCGACAAGGAUGUGGCCACCAAAGACAGUAAGGUAAAGAUUCCCAAGUUCAAGAUGCCGUCCUUCGGGGUAUCUGUCACUGACAAAUCCACUGAGGCCUCGGUAGAUGUGUCCACACCGAAGAUUGAGGCCGAUGUGUCCUUGCCUUCUAUCCAGAGUGACCUCACGACUGACCUCACCGUUCAACUCCCACCUACCAAACUUGAGGUCCAGGCUGGCGAGUUGGGCAUGCAGCUUCAUGAAGGUCAGAUGACUGAGGGAGAGUUGCUGGAAAUGGCUGCCGGAGCUGGCCUAACAGGCCAGCUGCCCAGGGUACAGAUGCCCAGCUUCAAGAUGCCAAAGGUGGACAUCAGAGGCCCCAAAGUGGACCUGAAAGGCCCCAAACGGGAGGAGGCGACCGCCCCUGAUGUGGACAUGUCUCUGCCCAGUGCACAGGUGGACGUUGAGGCUCUGGGAGAGAAGUUGGAGGGAGACCUGUCUCUAGGUGACAAGGAUGUGGCCGCCAAAGACAGUAAGUUCAAGAUGCCCAAGUUCAAAAUGCCAUCCUUCAGUGUAUCAGCCACUGGCAAAACCACCGAGGCCUUGGUGGACGUGUCUGCACCCAAGGUUGAUGCCGACGUGUCCCUGCCCUCUAUCGAGAGUGACCUAAAGAGCACUGACCUCACUGUUCAGGUCCCAUCUGCGAACUUGAAGGUCCAGGCUGGUCAGAUGGACAUGAAUCUUCAGGAGGGCCAGAUGGCUGAGGGAGAGCUCCUAGGAGUGGGCUCUGGAGCCAGACUGAAAGGCCAGCCCCUCAAGGUUCAGAUGCCCAGCUUCAAGAUGCCCAAGAUGGACAUCAAGGGUCACAAAGUGGAUCAGAAAGGCCCCAAGGGGAAGGUGACCACCCAGGAUGUGGACAUGUCUCUGCCCAGAGUGGAGGUGGAUGUUGAGGCUCCAGUAGCGAAGCUGGAGGUGGACCUGUCCCAAGUUGAGAAGGACGUGGCCACCAAAGAGAGUAAGUUCACAAUGCCCAAGUUCAAGAUGCCAUCCUUUGGGGUAUCUGUCACUGGAAUAACCACCCGGGCCUCGAUGGAUGUGUCUGCACCCAAGAUUGAGGCCAACGUGUGCUUGCCCUCUGUCAAGGGCGAUGUCAAGACCACUGACCUCACUGUUCAGCUCCCAUCCACCGACCUUCAGGUCCAGACUGGGCAGGUGGGCAUGCAGCUUCACGAGGGUCAGAUGACUGAGGAAGAGCUGCCGAGACUGGCUGCUGGAGCCAGCCUGAAAGGCCAGCUGCCCAAGGUUCAGAAGCCCAGCUUCAAGAUGCCCAAGGUGGACAUCAAGGGCCCCAAAGUGGACCUGAAAGGCCCCAAGGGGGAGGUGACCACCCAUGACAUGGACGUGUCUCUGCCCAGUGUGGAGGUGGAUGUACAGGCACCAGUAGCCAGGCUAGAGGGCCUGAAGCUGGAGGGAGACAUGUAUCUGGGUGAUGAGGAUGUGACCACCAAAGAUAGUAAGUUCAAGAUGCCCAAAUUUAAGAUGCCAUCCUUUGGGAUGUCAGCCCCUGACAAGUCCAUCAAGGCCUCGGUGGAUGUGUCCAUACCCAAGAUAAAGGCCGAUGUGUCCGUGCCCACAUUCCAGGGUGACCUCAAGAUCACUGACCUCACCGUUCAGCUCCCAUCCACUGAUGGGAAGGUCCAGGCUGGCCAGGCGGACGUGAAGCUUCCAGAGGGUCAGAUACCCGAGGGAGAGCUGCUGGGAGUGGCUUCUGGAGCAAGCGUGAAAGGCCAGCUGCCCAAGGUGAGGAUGCCCAGCUUCAAAAUGCCCAAGGUGGACGUCAAGGGCCCCAAAGUGGACCUGAAAGGCCCCAAGGGGGAAGUGACCACCCCUGAUGUGUCUCUGCCCAGUGUGGAGGUGGACAUUCAGGCUCCAGUAGUGAAGCUAGAAGGGGACCUGUCUCUGGUCGACAAGGAUGUGGCCACCAAAGACAGUAAGGUAAAGAUUCCCAAGUUCAAGAUGCCGUCCUUCGGGGUAUCUGUCACUGACAAAUCCACUGAGGCCUCGGUAGAUGUGUCCACACCGAAGAUUGAGGCCGAUGUGUCCUUGCCUUCUAUCCAGAGUGACCUCACGACUGACCUCACCGUUCAACUCCCACCUACCAAACUUGAGGUCCAGGCUGGCGAGUUGGGCAUGCAGCUUCAUGAAGGUCAGAUGACUGAGGGAGAGUUGCUGGAAAUGGCUGCCGGAGCUGGCCUAACAGGCCAGCUGCCCAGGGUACAGAUGCCCAGCUUCAAGAUGCCAAAGGUGGACAUCAGAGGCCCCAAAGUGGACCUGAAAGGCCCCAAACGGGAGGAGGCGACCGCCCCUGAUGUGGACAUGUCUCUGCCCAGUGCACAGGUGGACGUUGAGGCUCUGGGAGAGAAGUUGGAGGGAGACCUGUCUCUAGGUGACAAGGAUGUGGCCGCCAAAGACAGUAAGUUCAAGAUGCCCAAGUUCAAAAUGCCAUCCUUCAGUGUAUCAGCCACUGGCAAAACCACCGAGGCCUUGGUGGACGUGUCUGCACCCAAGGUUGAUGCCGACGUGUCCCUGCCCUCUAUCGAGAGUGACCUAAAGAGCACUGACCUCACUGUUCAGCUCCCAUCCACCGACUUGAAGGUCCAGGCUGGUCAGAGGGGUAUGAAUCUUCAGGAGGGCCAGAUAGCUGAGGGAGAGCUCCCAGGAGUGGGCUCUGGAGCCGUACUGAAAGGCCAGCUGCCCAAGGUUCAGAUGCCUAGCCUCAAGGUGCCCAAGAUGAACAUCAAGGGUCACAAAGUAGAUCUGAAAGGCCCCAAGGGGAAGGUGACCACUCCUGAUGUGGACAUGUCUCUGCCCAGUGUGAAGGUGGACGUUCAGGCUCCAGUAGCGAAGCUGGAGGGAGACCUGUCCCAGGUCGAGAAGGACGUGGCCACCAAAGAUAGUAAGUUCACAAUGCCCAGGUUCAAGAUGCCAUCCUUUGGGGUGUCUGUCACUGGAAUAACUACCCAGGCCUCAGUGGAUGUGUCCGCACCCAAGGUUGAGGCCGACGUGUGCUUGCCCUCUGUCAAGGGUGAUGUCAAGACCACUGACCUCACUGUUCAGUUCCCAUCCACUGGCCUUCAGGUCCAGACUGGGCAGGUGGGCGCACAGCUUCAUGAGGGUCAGAUGACCGAGGGAGAGCUGCCAGAAGUGGCUGCCGGAGCCGACCUGAAAGGCCAGCUGCCCAGAGUACAGAUGCCCAGUUUCAAGAUGCCCACGGUGGAUAUCAAGGGCCCCAAAGUGGACCUAAAAGGUCCCAAGGGGGAAGUGAUGACCCCUGAUAUGGACAUGUCUCUGCCCAGUGUGAAGGUGGACAUGCAGGCGCCAGCGGCCAGGCUGGAAGUCCUGCAACUGGAAGGUGACCUAUGUCGGCAUGACAAGGACGUAGCCACCAAAGAUAGUAAGGUCAAGAUGCCCAAGUUCAAGAUGCCGUCCUUUGGGGUGUCGGCCUCUGGCAAGUCCAUUGAGGCCUCAUUGGAUGUGUCCACAUCCAAGGUAAAGGCCGACACUGUCCAGGGUGACCUCAAGACCGCUGACCUCACCGUUCAGCUCUCAUCCACUGACCUGAAGGUCCAGGCUGACCAGGUGGACAUGAAGCUUCCAGAGGGUCAGAUACCUGAGGGAGAGCUGCCGGGAGUGGCUGCUGGAACAAGCCUGAAAGGCCAACUGCCCAAGGUUCAGAUGCCCAAGGUGGACGUCAAGGGCCCCAAAGUGGACCUUAAAGGCCCCAAGGGGAAGGUGACUACCCCUGACGUGAACGUGUCUCUGCCCAGUGUGGAGGUGGAUGUUCAGUCUCCAGUAGCAAAGCUGGAGGGAGACCUGUCCCAGGUCGAGAAGGACGUGGCCACCAAAGAUAGUAAGUUCAAGAUGCCCAAGUUCAAGAUGCCAUCCUUCGGGAUGUCUAUCACUGGAAUAACCUCCCAAGCCUCAGUGGAUGUGCCCGCACCCAAGGUUGAGGCUGAUGUGUGCUUGCCCUCUGUCAAGGGUGACGUCAAGACCACUGACCUCACUGUUCAGCUCCCAUCUGCUGAUCUUCAGGUCCAGACUGGCAAGGUGGGCGUCCAGCUUCAUGAGGGUCAGGUGUGUGACAGAGAGCUGCCGGAAGUGGCUGCUGGAACUGGCUUGAAAGGCCAGCUGCCCAGGGUACAGCUGCCCAGCUUCAAGAUGCCAAAGAUGGACAUCAAGGGCCCCAAAGUGGAUCUGAAAGGCCCCAAGGGGGAAGUGACCACCCAUGACAUGGAUGUGUCUCUGCCCAGUGUGGAGGUUGAUGUGCAGGCACCGGCAGCCAGGUUGGAGGUCCUGCAGCUGGAGGGAGACCUGUCUUUGGGCGACAAGGAUGUAGCCACCAAAGACAAUAAGGUCACGAUGUCCAAGUUCAAGAUGCCAUCCUUCGGUGUGUUGGCCCCUGGCAAGUCAAUCAAGGCCUCGGUGGAUAUGUCUGCACCCAAAGUAAAGGCCGAUGUGUCCAUGCUCUCUAUCCAGGGUGACCUCAAGACCACUGACCUCACUGUUCAGUUCUCAUCCACCGACCUGAAGGUCCAGGCUGGCCAGUUGGGCAUGAAGCUUCCAGAGGGUCAGGUACCUGAGGGAGAGCUGCCCAGAGUGGCUGCUGGAGGAAGCGUGAAAGGCCAGCUGCCCAAGGUGCAGAUGCCCAGCUUCAAGAUGCCCAAGGUGGACAUCAAGGGCCACAAAGUGGACCGAAAAGGCCCCAAGGGGGAGGUGAUGACCCCUGAUGUGGACGUGUCUCUGCCCAGUGUGGAGGUGGACGUUCAGGUUCCAGGAGCAAAGCUAGAAGGGGACCUGUCCCUGGUUGAUAAGGAUGUGGCCACCAAAGACAGUAAGUUAAAGAUGCCCAAGUUCAAGAUGCCGUCCUUCGGGGUGUCUGUCAUUGACAAAUCCACUGAGUCCUCGGUGGAUGUGUCCACGCCAAAGAUCGAGGCCGAUGUGUCCCUGUCCUCUGUCCAGGGUGACCUCACCACUGACCUCACCAUUCAACUCCCAUCCACUGAACUUGAGGUCCAAGCUGGCGAGUUGGGCAUGCAGCUUCAUGAGGGUCAGAUGACUGAGGGAGAGUUGCUGGAAAUGGCUGCUGGUGCUGGACUGAAAGGCCAGCUGCCCAAGGUUCAGAUGCCCAGCUUCAAGAUACCCAAGAUGGACGUCAAGGGCCCCAAAUCGGACCUGAAAAGCUCCAAAGGGGAGGUGACUGCACCUGACGUGGAGGUGUCUCUGCCCAGUGUGGAGGUGGAUGUGCAGGCACUGGGAGCCGGGCUGAAGCCCCUGCAGCUGGAGGGAGACCUGUCUGUGGGCCACAGGGAUGUGGCCACCAAAGUCAGUAAGUUCAAGAUACCCAAAUUACAGAUGCCGUCCUUCACGGUAUCAACCCCUGGCAAGUCCAUUGAGGCCAUGGUGGACAUGUCUGCACCCAAGGUCGAGGUCGACGUAUCCCUUUCCUCUGUACAGGGUGACCUCAAGACCACUGACCCCACUAUUCAGCUCCCAUCCACUGACCUUGUGGUGCAGGCUGGCCAAGUGGGCGUCCAGGUUCCAGAGGGCCAGAUGCUCAAGGGAGAGUUGACGGAAGUGGCUGUGGGAGGCAACCUGAAAGGCCAGCUGCCCAAGGUGAAGAUGCCCAGCUUCAAGAUGCCCAAGGUAGAUAUCAAGGGCCCCAAAGUGGUCCUGAAAGUCCCCAAGGGGGAGGUGACAGUCGAUGAUGUGGACGUAUCUCUGCCCAGCAUCAAGGUGGACUUGCAGUCACCGGGAGUAAAGCAGGAGCAGGAGAGCCUGCGGCUAGAGGGAGACCUGUCCAUGGGCAACAAGGACGUGACCACCAAAGACAGUGAAUUCAAGAUGCCAUCCUUCGGGGUGUCGGCCCCUGGCAAGUCCAUCGAGGUCUCGGUAGACGAGUCUGCCCCCAAGGUGGAGGCCGAUGUGUCCCUGCUGUCUGUUGGGGGCGACUUCAAGGCCACUGACCUCACCGUUCAGCUCCCAUCCACUGACCUUCAGGUCCAGGCUGGCCAGGUGGGUGUCAAACUUCCAGAGGGCCAGAUGCCCAAGGGAGAGUUGCCGGGAGCGGCUGCUGCAGCCAGCCUAAAAGGCCAUCUGCCCAAGGUGAAGAUGCCCAGUUUCAAGAUGCCUAAGAUUGACAUCAAGGGCCCCAAAGUGGACCUUAAAGGCCCCAGUGGGGAGGUAACAACCCUUGACAUGGACGUGGCUCUGCCCAGUGUGGAGAUGGACAUCCAGGUGCCAAGAACUGGGCCAGAGGGCCCGCCGUUUGAGGAAGACCUGUCUCUGGGCCACAAGGACAUGGCCACCAAAGACAGUAAGUUCAAGAUGCCCAAGUUCAAGAUGCCAUCUUUUGGGAUUUCAGAUGCCGGCAAGUCCAUCGAAGUUUCAGUGGACAUGUCUGCACCCCAGGUCGAGGCCAACAUGUUUCUGCCCUCUGUCCCAGGCGACCUCAAGACCACUGACAUCACCGUUCAGCUCCCAUCCCCUGAACUGAAGGUCCAGGCUGGCCAGGUGGGAGUGAAGCAUCCAGAUGACCAGAUCCCUGAGGGAGAGCUCCCAGGAAUGGCCACUGGAGUAGGCCUGAAAGGUCAGUUGCCCAGAGUACAGAUGCCCAGCUUUAAGAUGCCCAAGGUGGAUGUUAAGGGCCCCAAAGUGGACCGGAAAGGGCUCACAGGGGAGGUGACCACGCCUGAUGUGGAUGUGUCUCUGCCCAGUGUGGAGGUGGACAUUCAGGCUCCAGGAGCAAAGCUGGAGGGUGACCUGACCCUGGUUGAAAAGGACGUGGCCACUAAAGACAGUAAGUUCAAGAUGCCCACGUUCAAGAUGCCGUCCUUAGGGGUGUCUGUCACUGGCAAAACCACCAAGGCCUCAGUGGAUGUGUCCACGCCCAAGGUUGAGGCUGACGUGUCUCUGCCCUCCAUCCAGGGCGACCUCAAGACCAGUGACCUCACCACUCAGCUCCCAUCAACAGACCUUCAGGUCCAGACUGGCCAGAUAGGUGUGCAUCUUCAUGAGGGUCAGAUGACCAAAGGAGAGCUGCCAAGAGUGGCUGCUGGAGCCGGACUGAAAGGCCAGUUGCUCAAACUUCAGAUACCCAGCUUCAGGAUGCCAAAGGUGGACAUCAAGGGCCCCAAAGUGGACCUGAAGAGCUCCAAGGAGGAGGUGACCACCCGUGACAUGGAUGUGUCUCUGCCCAGUGUGGAGGUGGAUGUGCAGGUGCCAGUAGGCAGGCUAGAGGGUUUAUCACUGGAGGGAGACAUGUCUCUGGGAGACAAGGAUGUGGCCACCAAAGAUAGUAAGCUCCAGAUGCCUAAGUUCAAGAUGCCAUCCUUCGGGGUGUCAGUCCCUGGCAAGUCCAUUGAGGCCUCAGUGGACGUGUCCAUGCCCAAGAUAAAGGACGACGUGUUCAUGCCCACUGUCCAGGGCGAUCUCAAGACCACUGACCUUACCAUUGAACUCCCAUCCGCCGACCAGAAGUUCCAGGCUGGCCAGGUGGGCAUGAAUCUUCCAGAGACCCAGAUGCCCAAGGGAGAGUUGGGACGAGUGGCCACUGGAGCUGGCUUGAAAGGCCCGCUGCCCAAGGUGCAGUUGCCUAGCUUCAAGAUGCCCAAGGUGGACAUUAAGGACCCCAAAGUGGAAGUGAAAGGCCCCAGGGGGAAGGUGACCACCUCCGACAUCAACGUGUCCCUAUCCAGCUUGGAGGUGGAUGUGCAGGUGCCAGGAGCCAUGCUAGAGGGGGAUCUGUCCCUGGGUGACAAAGACAUGGAAGCCAAAGACAGUAAGUUCAAGAUGCCCAAGUUCAAGAUGCCAUCCUUUGGGGUGUCAGCCUCUGGCAAGUCCAUCGAGGCCUCAGUGGAUGUGACCGCACCCAAGGUAAAGGCCGACAUGUCUGUGCCCUCUGUCCAGGGCGACCUGAAGACCACUGACCUCACCAUUCAGCUCCCAUCCACUGACCUUCAGGUCCAGGCUGGCCAGAUGGACAUGGAGCUUCCAGAGGGUCAGAUAACCAAGUGUGACCUGCCGGGAGUGGCUGCUGGAACCAGCCUGAAAGGCCAGCUGCCCAAGGUGCAGAUGCCCAGCUUCAAGAUGCCCAAGGUGGAUGUCAAGGGCCCCAAAGUGGACCUGAAAGGCCCCAAGGGGGCAUUAACCACCCCUCUCAUGGGCGUAUCUCUGCCCAGUGUCGAGGUAGAUGUUCAGGCUCCAGUUGCAAAGCUGGAGGGGGACCUGACCCUUGUCCAGAAGGAUGUGGCCACCAAAGACAGUAAAUUCAAGAUGCCCAAGUUCAAGAUGCCAUCCUUCGGGAUGUCUGUCACUGGCAAAUCCACCGAGGCCUCAGUGGACGUGUCUGUGCCCAAAGUUGAGGCUGACAUAUCCCUGCCAUCUGUCCAGGGUGACCUCAAGACCACUGACCUCACCGUUCAGCCCCCAUCCAGAGACCGUCAGGUCCAGGCUGGCCAAGUGGACGUGCAGCUUGCAGAGGGCCAGAUCCUCGAGGGGAAGCUUCCAGAAGUGGCUGCUGGAGCCAGACUGAAAGGCCAGCUGCCCAGGGUAGAGAUGCCAAGCUUCAAGAUGCCCCUAGUGGAUAUUAAGGGCCCCAAAGUGGACCUGAAAUUCCCCAAGGGGGAGGUGACUGCCCCUGAUGUGGGCAUGUCUCUGCCCAGUAUGAAGGUGGACGUGCAGGCACCGGGAACCAGGCUGGAGGGUCUGCAGCUGGAGGGAGACCUGUCCCUGGGUGACAAGGACGCGGCCACUAAAGAUAGUAAGUUCAAGAUGCCAUUCUUUGGAGUAUCAGCCCCCGGCAAAUCCAUUGAGGCUUCGGUGGAUGUAUUCGUGCACAAGGUCGAGGCCGACGUGUCCGUGCCCUCUGUCCAGGGCGACCUCAAGACCACUGACCUCACCAUUGAGCUUCCAUCCACUGACAUGAAGAUCCAGGCUGGCCAGGUGGACAUGAAGCUUCCAGAGGGUCAGAUACCCGAGGGGGAGCUGCCAGGAGUGGCCACAGGAGCCCACCUGAAAAGCCAGCUGCCCAAGGUGCAGAUGCCCAGCUUUAAGAUGCCCAAGGUGGACAUCAAGGGGCCCAAAGUGGACCUGAAAGGCCCCAAGGGGGAGGUGACCGCCCCUGAUGUGGACGUGUCUCUGCCCAGCAUCAAAGUCGACUUGCAGGCACCGGGAGCAAAGCAGGAGGAUCUGCAUUUGGAAGCAGACCUGUCCCUCAGCCACAAGGAUGUGGCCACCAAAGACAGUAAGUUCAAGAUGCCGUCUUUUGGGGCAUCAGGUCCAAGGAAGUCCACUGAGGCCUCAGUGGAUGUGUCUGCACCCAAGGUCAAGGCCGACAUGUACCUGCCCUCUAUCCAAUGUGACCCCAAUACCACUGACCUCACAGUUCAACUCCAAACCUCCGACCUUCAGGUCCAUGCUGGCCAGAUGGGCAUGAAUCUUCUGGAGGGCCAGAUGCCCGAGGGAGAGUUGGGAGGAGUGGCCACUGGAGCCGGCUUGAAAGACCAGCUGCCCAAGGUGCAGUUGCCCAGCUUCAAGAUGCCCAAGAUGGACAUUAAGGGCCCCAAAAUGGAAGUAAAAGGUCCCAAGGGGAAGGUGACUGCCCCUGACAUGGACGUGUCCCUGUCCAGCGCAGAGGUGGACAUGCAGGCGCCAGGAGCUAUGCUGGAGGGGGACCUGUCCCUGGCCGACAAGAACGUGGCUGCCAAAGACGGUAAGUUCAAGAUGCCCAAGUUCAAGAUGCCAUCCUUUGGGGUGUCAGCCCCUGGUAAGUUCACUGAGGUCUCAGUGGACGUGUCCACUUCCAAGGUCGAGGCCGACGUGUCCUUGCCAUCUAUUCAGGGUGACCUCAAGACCACUGACCUCACAGUUCAGCUCCCAACCUCUGAUCUUCAAGUCCAGGCUGGCCAGGAGGGUGUGAAGCUUCCAGAGGGCCAGAUGCCAGAGGAAGAGCUGCCAGAAGUGGCCUCUGGAGCCGGACUGAAAGGCCAGCUGCCCAAGGUGCAGAUGCCCAGCUUCAAGGUGCCCCUGGUGGACAUCAAGGGCCCCAUAGUGGACCUGAAAGGCCCCAAGGGGGAGGUGACUACCCCUGAUGUGGAUGUGUCUCUGCCCAGUAUGGAAGUGGACCUUCAGGUUCAGGGAGCAAAGCUAGAGGGGGACCUUUCCCUGGUCAAGAAGGACGUGGCUGCCAAAGACAGUAAGUUCAAGAUGCCCAAGUUCAAGAUGCCAUCUUUCAGGAUGUCAGGUCAUGGCAAGUCCAUUGAGGCCUCGGUGGACAUGUCUGUGCCCAAUGUUGAGGCAGACAUGUCCCUGCCCUCUGACCAAGGUGACCUCAGGACCACUGACCUCACUGUUCAGCUCCCAUCCACCGAUCUGGAGGUCCAGGUUGGCCAGGUGGACAAGAAGCAUCUGGACGGCCAGAUCCCUGAGGGAGAGCUCCCAGGAGUGGCCACUGGAGUGGGCCUGAAAGUCCAGCUGCCCAGGGUACAGAUGCCCAGCUUCAAGAUGUCCAAGGUGGACAUUAAGGGCCCCGAAGUGGACCUGAAAGGCCCCACGGGGGAGGUGACCACCCUUAACGUGGACGUCCCACUUCUGAUGGCUGGCAUGAGAGUCUCAGAAGGCCCGGCCCCCGAAACAGGUGAAGUUUCUCUUCCCAAGCCAGGAGACAGAGACCUUGCCAGGGUGGAGGAGGCAACAGGGAAACAGUUUUCCCGGCCUGAAGGUCCUCUUAAGCUGAAAGCUUCAAGGACUGAUGUGCCAUCCCAGAUUUCGGUAGUUGAUAUGAGUCAAGUCUGGGAAGAUUCUGUGCUAACCGUCAAAUUCCCCAAAUUAAAGGUACCACGGUUCUCCUUUCCUGUCCUCAGCUCAGAGGCUGAUGUGUUUAUUCCCACUGUGAGGGAGGUGCAGUGUCUGGAGCCCAGCCUUGGGCUGUGGGAAGCCAGCAUCCUGAAGGCAGGUGCUGGGGUCCCUGGGGAGCAGCCUGUGGGCCUUGACCUCUCCUUGGCACCUCCUCCUAUUUCUAAGGUCAGAGUGCACAUUCAGGGUGCUCAGGCUGAGAGUCAGGAGAUCACCAUACACAGCAGCGUGACACCGGAGUGUGCUGAUCCCUCCUCACUGAAGGCUUUUUCCACUCGGAUCGUGCGGGAAUCAGAGAUUCCUGAGUCUAAGAUUCAAACACCUUCCUAUGGAUUUUCCUUGCUGAAGGUGAGGAUUCCAGAGCCCCCAGGGCAUGCUCUGUCAUACACAGAGACUUGGGAAGGCUCUGAAGAGACCCCCGCACAAGCCAUUUCCAGAGACCUGCAGCCUGACACUGCAGAGCCGUUUGAGAUCAUCUCUUCCAGCAGUGGGGGCCCAGGCCCGAAAACACUCAGCUUUGAAGUUUGUUCAGGUCACCAGCCUGCAGACAGCUGUUUGGAUGAGGAGCCAGCAGAAAUUCUUGAGUUUACUCCUGAUGAGAGCUGUGAGGCAGCCACCCCACUGGUAGAGGAAGACAGGGUUCUGAAAGAGAAGCCAGAAAGUAAAAAGUCUGGUCUGCUCUGGUCUUGGCUCCCAAACAUCGGGUUUUCCUCUUCUGUUGAUGAGACAGCUGUUGAUUCCAGAGGUGACACCCCAAGAUCUGCUCCAGUUCAAACACAGCCUGAGGCAGAACUGCCUAGAAAGCAAGAGAAAGCAGGCUGGUUCCGAUUUCCCAAAUUAGGAUUUUCCUCUUCUCCUACCAAGAAAAGCAGAAGCACUGACGAUGAGGCAGACCCGGCAGAGCAGAAACUCCAGGAAGAAGCAGUCACCUUUUUUGAUGCCCGAGAAAGCCUCUCCCCUGAAGAGAAAGAAGAACGUGGGCUGGCGGCUGCUGGUGCUGGGCCAGGCUCCAAGUGAUAGUGGCGUCAGGUGCAAGAAAGUUAGUCCUGCUUGAGCAGGACAGACAGGCUGAUGACAAAUAUGCACCCAGACCACAACCAAGAGAAGGCCAAGAGGUGUGACCUGACAGCAGAGACAAAUGUACAGACUGAGGCAAAAGCGGAAGCCGCCCAUGCGUGGAGCUCCCCAUCCUGCAGCACGUGAUGCCCACCUUGCUCCCCAGAACCGAGAACGCAUUACAACUGUGCAGAGCAUGUGUCACCAUGUAGCACUCCUCACACGGAACCAAAGAUGCACCCAGAUCCCUCAGCAAAGGCAACACCCUGACAUGCCACAAGACACCAGAAUUCCUGCGGCAUGCUGGUGCUCUCGGAGACACGGAGAAGUCUGUUGGUCUUCAUCAGAUAAGCUUCAAGAGGCCUUCCUGGAAUGCCCACGAGACCACAACUGCUUCUCUGAGGACAGGGCUACUUGGCGCUGGGUGUGCCUUUUGGUCGGAUUUCUGCUGCUGCUUCCUGGCAAAGGUGCUUUCCCUAUCUUAGGCAGACCCCCAAGUAUUCCAGGAAACCCUCUUUCCUGCUUACUUGCGCACUAAUUCCUCUGCCAAGUGUCACUAAUGGCAAGCUUUGGGACAUGCUGUGACAGCCAGUGGUUGCCUGGUGGCUGUGCCCAGCCUUCAAUGGUGGGUGGGUGAACAGCAGAGGCUAUGACAUCAUGGGCGCUGUCAUGAGCCAUCUGUACAUGUCCACCUGCCUGCCCGUGUCUGCCAGUGCCCGCCCACUGUGCAUGGUCCCCCACUGUGGCCCUGCUCUGCGUAAUGUACAGGCUGCAGCCCAACUACAGAUGGGACUGGCAUAGCUGUCCCCUAGAUGGGCAAUAAAGGAAGUGAUGCUUCCCACAG